AUGAACAGAAGCCUCUGCAUUUUCCUCAUCCCUGUUUCUCUUCUUCUAUCAUGCCUAGCACAACACAUUCAUGCAACCCAAUACAUCGUGACGAACACGGUCCCCAACACCCCGGGAGGCCAGUUGUUCGACACAGAAAUCGGCGUUAAUUUCACCUUAUCAAUCAUGCCAACCAUCAACGAAUUCAUCUACAAAGUCUUUGAAGAAAGUAGCCCUGACGACAGAAGGGACGUCCCUGUCUUGAAUGUAUACAUCUCCGAAUUCCCCGGUUACGCAUACAAAAACGGUGACAACAUAAACAUAAGUGCCUCGGCAAUGUACAACAUAUACCAGCCUAGGUCGAUCUCAAAGUGGAUGUUCACUUCCGUGAUGUUUCACGAGAUGGCUCAUGUGUUCCAGUGGCACGGUAAUUUUGGAGCCCCCGGUGGCCUCACGGAGGGGACUGCAGACUACGUGAAGGUCAAGUCGGGCUACUACAACCAGGCUUCUUAUACGAAACCCGGUGCAGGGCAAAAAUGGGAUGAAGGGUACGGUGUGACAGAGAGGUUUUUGGAGUAUUGUGAUAGUUUGUUGGAAGGUUUCACCGUGAAGCUGAACAAGAAGAUGAGGUACAAAUACGACGAAGUUUAUUGGGUUGAGUUGCUCGGGAAACCGGUGGAGAAGCUCUGGAGAGAUUACAAAGCCAAGUAUGGGAACCAGCCUCAGGAAAACACUAUUGAUAUAUAUCAUGGUUUGAAGUACUAA